AUGUUCGGCGGAAUCGAAAGAGGUUCUGGUCUCGGUUUUAUGAAUCUUGUCUCUCGUCGCGACGGUGCAACCUCGCUGAUCCAGAAGUUUGUCCGUUUUCCAGAGUCCACUGGGAUUCACAAUCCACCGAAACCUUUGGCAGCACCUGUCUUGUGCCCCAAGCCUAUCAUCAUCUCACGGGCAAUCACCAAGUCAUUUGGAGCGCUUCUUCACUCGCCUCACAAACGAAAGGGAUAUCAUCAGCGCCACGUCAAUCAUCAAUAUAUUUCAUUGAAUCCGGGGCACCGCUACGUUCUGCUGAUGAGCGAUUUG